AGUGUUCGUCUAUGUAUGUCUGUGUUUGACAUGAUGUGGGAAAUUAGUUGCUGAUAGUUUAUUAUAUUGACACUGUAAACAGAUCUACGUUAACAAGCAUAAAAUGCACAUUUAUAUGACAUCACGUGACGUAGUUGUGUAUGUUAUGUAUCAUGCGGUGUACUUCCGGUGAGGUUUUGUAACAAUGAUUGUGCGGUUAUGCAAUUCUACACAUUUUUACAGAAAGACUGUGUGUGUGUGUGUUCACUUCACUGCAGAGCGGAUCUCAUAAUUUACAGUGCGCAUGGCUCAGGUGCGCCGCUCCGUCACGGAGGCGCUGUGGGGAGUGUGUGCUGCUGAUGCGAUGUCGAUGCCGGUCCACUGGUUCUACAACACCGCAGACAUCAGAACACACUUCAGCGGCUGGAUCACGGGCUUCAACGCGCCGCGCAACACACACCCGUCCAGCAUCCUCCGCCUGUCCAACACCGCUGGCAGCGGUCGCACUAACGGCUCGUCUGGAGAUCCUGUGGUGGGGAACGUGAUUCUGCACGAUAAGCUGAAGUUCUGGAUGGAUCCGCGGGGAUCGGUGCACUACCAUCAAGGACUUCUCGCGGGUCAGAACACCCUGAACGCUCUGUGCGCUCUGAGAGCCGCCCGGGUUCUGUCCGCCGGCUCGUUCCCCAGCGCCGCCGAUCCCGCCGCGCGAGCCGCCGUUCUGUCGGAUUACGUGGAGUUCCUGACGAGUCCCGGCUCUCACGGCGACACGUACGCGGAGUCCUUCCACCGGAGCUUCUUCAGCGACUGGCGGGAGCAGCGGCCCACGUCCCCCCGAGAGGUUCUGGAGUUCGCGGAGCGGCGGUCGAGGCGGAUGUUGAACUCGUCCCGCAGUGACGGACAGCUGAACGCCAUCGGCUGCCUUCCCACCGCCAUUCCCUUCGUGCUGAUGUCUGCCACAGCCAAUGAGGAGCAAGCGGUGUGUGCGGCGGUGGAGUUUGUGAAGCUCACUCAUCCUCACGCGCAGCUGGAGCCGCUGGUGUCUCUGUACGCUCGCGCGCUUCACGCGACGCUGAACGGAGCCUGUCUGCGGCGGACGGCGGAGGCCGCGCUCAGAUCGCCCGCGCUCGACGCCUGGGACGCGAGUCAGCGCUUCAUACAGCGGGCCGACAGGUUUCCAGCAUCACCAGCCGAGCGUCUGAAGGUCCAUCAGAGCGCCGUGGAGUCUCUCGGACUCGCCUGCUACACACAAGGAGCUCUGACGAGCCUCUUCUAUCUGGCGUACUGCUUUCAUGAUGACGUGACGGAGGGAAUCCUGACCAACACCAACUGUGGAGGCGAGAACUGCAACCGCGGCGCAGCGUUAGGAGCUCUUCUCGGCGCGCGGGCGGCGUAUAUCGGCUCAGCCGUUCCUCAGACGUGGAAGAACGAGUUACGGGACGCUCCGGAGCAGAUCUGUGCUGUCCUGCGGGAUCUGGAGACACACACACACACACACACACACACAGGAAGUGCUGCCCACAGAUGAGGUUUCCAGCUCGACUUCCCCUCAUCUGC